AUGGGGGGCGCACUGGGCUCACUGGGAGAGCCGCUGCUGCCCGGCGCCGCCGCCGACGCCUGGUUCUGCGCGUGCGCCGAGGUCACGUGGGAGGCGCCGCGCGCCGGCCCCGCCCCCGCCGCCGCCGGCCCCGCCCCCGUCACGUGGGUUUUCCCCUGCUACCGCUGGCUGCGCGACGGCUGCGUGGAGCUGCGCGAGGGCAGCGCGGCGACGGCGGCCGACGACGCGACGGAGCCGCUGCUGCGGGAGCAGCGCCGGGCUGAACUGGGCCAGCGCCGGGCCGCCUUCCAGUGGGAGCCCUUCGCCCCCGGGUGGCCCCGGCGCCUGGCGGCCGCCGCGACGCCGCAGCAGCUGCCGCCGGGGCAGCGGGUCGGGCCGGGCCGGGCCGGAGCCUUCGCCGCCCGCGUGGCCGCCGGGCAGAUCCGUGUUCGGCUCCGGGGUCUGAGCGGCGCCGGCGGCUCCUGGAGCAGCUUCGAGCACAUCGGCCGCGUCCUCGGCUGCCCCCCGGGGCCCGUCGCCGACUACGUGAAGCGGCACUGGCGGGACGACGCCUUCUUCGGGUACCAGUUCCUCAACGGGGUGAACCCGGUGCUGCUGCGCCGCUGCCCCCGGCUGCCCCCCAACUUCGCCGUCACCUCGGCCAUGGUGGCGCCGACCCUCGGGCCCCACACCUCCCUCGAGCAGGAGAUGGAGCGGGGGACCCUCUUCCUGGCCGACUUCGGGCUCCUCGACGGCAUCGGCGGCCACCGGAUCGCCGGGGAGCCGCAGUUCGUGGCCGCCCCCCUCUGCCUCCUGCACCUGCGCCCCACCGGCGCCCUCGUGCCCCUCGCCAUCCAGCUGUCGCAGACCCCCGGCCCCGACGCCCCCGUCUUCGUGCCCACCGACGCGCCCUGGGACUGGCUGCUGGCCAAGCUGUGGGUGCGCUGCGCCAACUUCCAGCUGCACGAGAUGGUCACCCACCUGCUGCAGAGCCACUUCCUGGCCGAGGUCUUCACCCUGGCCACGCUGCGCUGCCUGCCCUCCUGCCACCCGCUCUACAAGCUCCUGCUGCCCCAUGGCCGUUUCACCUUCCACAUCAACAUCAUGGCCCGGGAGACUCUCCUAAACCCCGGGGGGGUCAUCGACCAGGCCACGGCCAUCGGCCGGGCGGGGACGCUGGAGCUGGUGGCCCGGGCCACGGCGGCGCUGUCCUACGCCGAGCUCUGCGUCCCCGAGGACCUGGAGCGUCGCGGCGUCACCACCAUCCCCGGCUACUACUACCGCGAUGACGCCCUGAGCAUCUGGGGGGCUAUCGAGAGCUUCGUGGCGGGGAUCGUGGCUCUCUACUACCGCGAGGACAGCGCCGUGCGCGACGACCCCGAGCUCCAGGACUGGGUGGACGAGAUCUUCACCAACGGAGUCCUGGGCAACAAGGACACGGGGUUCCCCACGGCGCUGCACAGCCGCCCCGAGCUGGUGAAGUUCCUCACCACGAUCAUCUUCUGCUGCUCGGCCCGUCACGCUGCCGUCAACAGCGGCCAGUACGACUUCGCGGCCUGGAUGCCCAACACGCCGGCCACCAUGCGGCGGCCACCGCCGCGGGCCAAGGGCCAGGCCACGGCCGAGAGCGUCCUGGCCACGCUGCCGAGCGCCGGCGCCACCGGCGCCCUCCUCGCCCUCCUCAGCGUCGUCAGCUACGAGCCCGGCGACCUGCGCCCGCUGGGCUGUUACCCCGAGGAGCACUUCACGGAGGAGGCGCCGCGGCGCCUCAUCGCCGCCUUCCAGCGCCGCCUGGCCCGGAUCUCCCGCGACAUCCGGGCCCGCAACGCCGGCCUGGCCCUGCCCUACGCCUACCUGGACCCCGCCGAGGUCCAGAACAGCGUCUCCAUCUGA